AUGGCUCAAUCCACUGAAGAAUCAGUUUUGGAUAAAUUGCUUAAAACACGUUAUCCAUUAACGUAUUAUUUGAGUCGACAACAACAGUUCAUUCAUUCAUACUCUACAGCGCCAAGUACUAUCGCACCGGUUCCUUCUGAUCCUGUGAAAAAUGUUGCACAUAAACAAAACGCACAAUUACCGCCUCGAGCUUGCUUUAAUGUUCCUGAUACACUUGAUUUCAGUGCCACGUCAUAUGACCAAAAUGAGGAAAUGGAUCAGAACUCAGGAUUCGAAGACGAGGAUGACUAUGGACAAGAAUUUGAUGAAAGUUUGUUACUAAAAAACAUUAGCAAUCAAUUCAGUGAUACUCAUAGUGGUAAUACGAAUGAGAAAAAAUCAUCAUUGAUUGUACGUUCAUCAGCAAUUGAUUUAGAAUUUUCUCCAUACGAAAAUAGUUCCCCAUUACAAAGAGCGAUACGAAACGGUUUAAAUGUUAUCAAUAAAUGA